AUGUCGAACAUAACGGUCUGUGCUCGCUUCAGACCCCUAAGUUCAAAGGAGAGAAGAGAUGAUGGCCACAGAAUCUGUAUUCGAUGCAUAGACACUGAAACUUUCAUUUUCAAGGAUGAGAAGGAGGAAGAUUUCACUUUCAGCUUUGAUAGGGUAUUCUGUGAGGAAUCUAAACAAGCCGAGGUCUAUGAAUUUCUCGCCCUGCCUAUCGUUCGAGAUGCUGUUAAUGCAAUCAACGGGACAAUUAUUACUUAUGGACAGACUGGAGCUGGAAAGACUUAUAGUAUGGAGGGGCCAAGUGUUCUGGAAGUUGAUGAGGAGAAGAAAGGGUUACUUCCAAGAGUGGUAGAUGGAAUUUUCGAGCAUAUUAAAUCUUUUGACGAAAUCACAAAGUAUUCAAUCAAGUUGUCAAUGGUAGAGAUCUACAUGGAAAAAGUAAGGGACCUAUUUGAUUUAUCCAAGGACAAUAUACAGAUUAAGGAGAGCAAAGUACAGGGGAUAUUGUUGUCGGGCGCAACAGAGAUAUCUGUAUCGGAUCCUUCUCAAGCAUUACAGAGCCUGUCAACAGGGAUAGCUAACAGAGCAGUUGGAGAGACCCAAAUGAACAUUGCCAGCAGUAGAAGUCACUCUGUGUACAUGUUUACCAUCCAGACAGAAUUCCUUGGAGAUAAGAGGAUGAAAGCUGGAAAACUAGUCCUCGUAGACUUGGCAGGAUCGGAGAAAGUGGAGAAAACUGGUGCUGAAGGGAGAGUUCUUGAAGAAGCUAAAAUGAUCAACAAGUCCCUAUCCGCCCUUGGGAAUGUGAUAAAUGCUUUGACAUGUGGCUCAGGCAGAGCAAACCACAUCCCAUAUCGCGAUUCCAAGCUUACUCGGAUUCUACAAGAUGCACUUGGUGGGAACUCCAGAACUGCUAUAUUAUGUUGUUGCUCACCGAGCCCUUCAAAUGCAUCAGAGAGCCUAUCCACCUUACGUUUUGGUGGGAGGGCAAAGCAUAUCAAGGCAUCACCACGUGUUAGCUGCAAUGAGGAUAAAUGUGCCAAGAAGCACGAAACUCUUUUUGAGAAUAAAGAUGAGUCAAGCGACAGAAUUCUAAACAAGUUGAGGGAGAGAUUGGAUAUUGAAGAUGUAAAAUUACUCGAAGAGUUGUUCAUACUGGAGGGAAUUCUCUUUGAUCCGUAUUCGGUUGAAGAGCUGGAAUCAGACUAUGAAGAUGUUACUUCGCGGACAAUUUCCUCGUUACAACACCACGUGGAAGAACUUGUAUCUAGUGUGAAAGAGCUUAAGAGGGAGAACAGAGCUCUCAAAGCCAGAAUAGCAGCCGCUGAAAAGCACGAUACACUUCACAAAGAAGAUUCCAUAAUUUCAAAUGUUCUGCGCAAGAUUUCAGGCAUCUUCAGUUUCUUCUUCUUCUGGGGUUCACUCUAUUCUGUCGAGGUCCCGAAGUGAAGACUUCAUUCCCAUUCCAUGGUGUUGUAUUACAAACAUAAGUUGCCCAAAUUCCUUGAGAUAUAGAACUGCAGAAUCAUCAUGAUCAUCAUCCUCUAACCAUGCUUCCCUGCUCCUGCGUGCAAUACGGGCCUAAUUGGAUGGGUCAAGCGAGGAGUGGCAGAGAAAAGAACAAAGCGAAUUAUUGAAUGCAGCAUGCAGGAGUGUUUGAUUAAAAAAUGAAGAAUGCAGUUAGAGAGAAACAUCCGUUCUGGAGACGUGUGGGUUUUAGUUUGGAAUUCGGGAGGAAGAAGCAACAUUAAUGCCAUUCGUGAAAGGAAAACUCAAACCCCUUUUGCUUUCAGUUUCAAUACCCCCAUGUGGUCUGGCUUUUAGAACUCACUCGAAAGCUUUUUUCACAAUCUUCUGAACAGUAAACACUAAACUCCAUGCCUCUUUCUUGUCCCCAUAAGAACUCCAUCACACCUGAGACUGAUGUGUUCAAGGGGCUUUUAGAGCAAUAAUUGCGCGAUGAAUUGUAAAAAAUAAAAAAAAUAAAUAAAGAAACCU